AUGGAAAAGGUCGGCAAAGCAGGUGUGAUUACAGUAGAAGACGGCAAAUCACUGGCAAACGAGCUUGAUGUCGUUGAAGGUAUGCAAUUUGACCGCGGUUACUUGUCACCCUACUUUAUCAAUAAUCCCGAACGUCAAGUCGAAAUCGCGCUCGCCACCACCACGUGUACCACGGGUACACGUGGACUCCCCUGCCGCUCUACCGGACCUCCCGGUGGACACGUGUAA